GGGGAAAUUGGUAUCAGAUGAGGAAAGAUUGUUUAGUAAUUGGGAACUAGAAUUUGCAAUAUUUCUGAGAAUUUUUUUUACAAAAAAAUAAAAAUGAGUCCAUUUUUUAUCCUGGUUUUGAUCGCCGUUAGCUCGGGUUUCGUUGAGAGUAAAAGGGAUACUAAAAUCAAACAGCCUGUUUUACAGCUUAAUGGAACCACGCUUACGGACAAGGUGAUGGAUAGUGUGAGGGCAGAAGUGAUUAAGCAAGGCUGGGAUGAUAUCAACCCACCAGAUGUGGUCCUUAAGGAUCCAUUCGGUUUUUCCAACUAUAGUCUGGCCAUCAGGAACCAAUCGAUUAAAGGAAUGGCGAACGCAUAUCGUGUCGGAGACGUCAUCGUGAACGUGACCAUUCUCAACACCAAGUUCAGGUCCGCCUUCGCCGUGUACAACGUCAGCUCUGACGCCGACGUCCAGAUUCAUACAAAAGACGCCAACUACGAUAACGGACAUGUCCACUCGGACUGCGACAAUGUUACGGCGUACCAGGUUUUCAAGCUGGACCACCUCACGCAGACCUUGACCCUUGACGAGUUUGAGUUGUCCAUUGGCGAGUGCAACUACAACGCGACGGGUCUCGGAGAGCGCGCCGCCAACGCGAGCACCGUCAUGAACGCGCUCUUUUCGAAAUUGAAAGCGCCCAUGCUUCUCGCUUUCAAUACGGGGUUCAAAAUUGCCAUAAAUGCCGCCCUCGCCGCUGCCAGGACAGCCCUUCUUGGAUAAGAACGCGAUUCACGCAGAGCUUUGUAACUUUGUAAAUUGUAGACGAAAAAUUCAGAACGAAAAUCAAGGGCUUUUUAAAAUUUGUAGAAAUCUCUAAAAUAAUUUUAUUAUAAACUUUACAAAGUUUGUCUUGCUUGAACAACGCAAAGCUGUGGAACUUUGUAAAUUGUAUUUAAAAAAUCCUAAGCGAAAGUUAGUUAACCUUAAGUCGAAGGAUUUUUUUUUAAAUUUGUGAAAAUAUCAAAAAUAAUUUUUUUUAUCAAGUUUACAAAGGUUACAAAGUUGGCCAUGAAUAGUCUCAUUAUUGAUUUAAAAAAGGCUGUGAUAUAGUUCUGAAAGACAAAUGAUUCUAAUUUAAAGAUGGAAAUGUCAAUAAAUAUUUAUUUUUGAAGCAAA